AUGCCUUCCAAGCGUGGCACAUGCCUUUAUUAUUCACAGGGUCAACUAUGCCCCCGAGGCUUAGCGUGUAGAUUCUCGCAUGAAACCAGGAUCGCAUCCAUUGCCAGUGGGAAAUCACCCAAGCGAUCUCGUAAACCGAAGUCAAGCAGAGGGGGGAGCGGACCCUUACAGGAAUUUUUCAACAGCUACCAUCCGUUCGUCUACAACAGUAGCUCAUCGGCGAGCUCCGAAUUUUAUCGCCUGUGCGAUCACUUCCACUGGGCGAGGGACGGCCCCGACCGCGAAGACGCACAUGACACAUUCAAGGAUGCAUUGGUCAAACAAUUUAACGCUAAUUUUGGGACAAACGCAGAUGAUCUCACCGCUUGGCAAGGUCUCUGCGCUUUGUUGGACGUGGAUCCCAUUCCUGACGAACUGGCAAGAUGCCGUAGAAUUGUUGAACGUACCCACGUCAAUUUGGUCGACCUGACCGAUUCCUUCACGUCCGGCAAACGUGUCACAAGAUUCAAGUCUGAAGGUGACUUGAGCGAAUACACGAUAGAGCAUGCUCGAUAUUUCCCAAGGAAAAAUGUACAUGCUGGCAACUUGUUGAAACACCUCCUCCGACACAUUCACAACCCCUCUCUGAAGAGAGGCUGGCGUCGAUUCUAG